GGAAAAGAAGUCUGUGACACUCAUUAACUUGUUUGAGCAGAUCUUGUACGGUCUAAAGGGAAAAAUGUUCUUGGCUGUUUUGUAUUACCUUCUGUGGAGUUUUCAGACCUCUGCUGGCCAUUUUCCUCGAGACUGUGCCUCCUCUAAGAACUUGAUGGCAAAAGAAUGCUGCCCACCAUGGAUGGGUGAUGGGAGUCCCUGCGGCCACCUUUCAGGGAGAGGUUCCUGCCAGGACAUCCUUUUGUCCAAUGCACCAUCUGGACCUCAGUUCCCCUUCAAAGGGGUGGAUGACCGUGAGUCCUGGCCCUCUGUGUUUUAUAAUAGGACCUGCCAGUGCUCUGGAAACUUCAUGGGUUUCAAUUGCGGAAACUGUAAGUUUGGAUUUGGGGGCCCAAAUUGUACAGAGAAGCGACUCUUAAUUAGACGAAACAUUUUUGAUUUGAGUGCCUCAGAAAAGAAUAAGUUCUUUUCUUACCUCACUUUGGCAAAACAUACUAUCAGCUCAGUCUAUGUCAUCCCCACAGGCACCUAUGGCCAAAUGAACAAUGGGUCGACACCCAUGUUUAAGGACAUCAACAUCUAUGACCUCUUUGUAUGGAUGCAUUACUAUGUGUCAAGGGACACACUGCUUGGGGGCUCUGAAAUCUGGAGGGACAUUGAUUUUGCUCAUGAAGCACCAGGAUUUUUGCCUUGGCACAGACUGUUCUUGCUAUUAUGGGAACAAGAAAUGCAGGAACUAACUGGGGAUGAGAAUUUCACCAUUCCAUAUUGGGACUGGAGAGAUGCGGAAAACUGUGACAUUUGCACAGAUGAGUACCUGGGAGGUCGUCACCCUGAAAAUCCUAACUUACUCAGCCCAGCGUCCUUCUUCUCCUCCUGGGAGAUCAUUUGCAGCAGAUCAGAAGAGUAUAAUAGCCAUCAGGUUUUAUGUGAUGGAACACCUGAGGGACCACUAUUACGUAAUCCUGGAAACCAUGACAAAGCCAAAACCCCCAGGCUCCCAUCUUCAGCAGACGUGGAAUUUUGUUUGAGUUUGACCCAGUAUGAAUCUGGAUCAAUGGAUAGAACUGCCAAUUUCAGCUUUAGAAACACACUGGAAGGAUUUGCCAGUCCACUCACAGGGAUAGCAGAUUCUUCUCAAAGUAGCAUGCACAACGCUCUGCAUAUCUAUAUGAAUGGAACAAUGUCGCAAGUACAGGGAUCGGCCAAUGAUCCCAUUUUUCUUCUUCAUCAUGCUUUUGUGGACAGUAUUUUUGAACAAUGGCUCCGAAGACACCGCCCUCUUUUGGAAGUUUACCCAGAAGCCAAUGCACCUAUUGGCCAUAACAGAGAAUCCUACAUGGUUCCUUUCAUUCCACUCUAUAGAAAUGGUGAUUUCUUCAUUUCAUCCAAGGAUCUGGGAUAUGACUACAGUUACCUACAAGAAUCAGAUCCAGGCUUUUACCGAAACUAUAUUGAACCCUACUUGGAACAAGCUAGUCGUAUCUGGCCAUGGCUUCUUGGAGCAGCACUGGUGGGAGCUGUUGUUGCUACAGCUCUAGCUGGGCUCAGCAGUAGGCUAUGCCAUCAGAAGAAAAAGCAACCCCAGGAGGAAAGGCAGCCCCUCCUCAUGGACAAAGAUGACUACCACAGCUUGCUGUACCAGAGCCAUCUAUGAAAAUCCUAGGAAACAGAGUGGGACUAAAAGGUCUGACCUCACUCUACCUAUUUGUUUGUGUUUCUACAAUUUUAAACUAAUACAAAACAUAGACCAUAGCUGUUUGUCUGACUGGGUUUUGCUCAGACCCAUGUUUUUUUCCCACGUCCCAGUUUCUAAGGAAAGACUGGUAUUUCCUAAAAAAUAAAUUGUAUCUAAAUAAAAUUUCUGUUAAAAAAUUUCUCUUGGGUUGGUUUUUAUGAAUGUGUUUUGGUGAUUUAAAAUAAAAUCAUGUCAUUUGAAAAAAAUAAAAAAAAAUAAAAUCACAAUAAAAUUAUAAAAAGUGAUGCCUAUGAACUUGAGGCACAUUUUUGUUUUCCUUACUUCAUUGUAAAUUUCCAAGAAAAUAAAAUUUUGCUCUCUCCCUCCCUCUCUCUCUCUCUUUCUAAGUGCAUGCAUGUGUUCAUGCAUGCAUGCGUGCUUGCGCACGCGCGCGCGCGCGCGCGCGCGCGUGUGUGUGUGUGUGUGUGUGUGUGUGUGUGUGUGUGUGUAUUUGUGCCUCUGUGUCCAUGUUACAUGACAAUUUUGAAAAUCUCAGAUAGAAAUGCUCACUAAUUUUUGAACUCAUUUCAUUAAUGAUUAGGAGAGAUGAAUAAUUACAAAAUCAGUAACAGAGGAGAACAUCUGCCAGCUUUCAUUAGUUGUCAUAUUUAAGCUAUUUUAUCUACAUUCAGUGACUGGUAGAAAACAAUCAGGCAAGAGAUCUGAAUGUUCUGCCUAAUAGAAGAGUGGCUUCUGGGAGGAGUGAACUAUUACUAGAGAUUAUUACCUGAACAUUACUCAUAGCCAGAAAAAGAAUCAAAACAGAUGACUACAGUAACAUCUGAAGCUUUGAGUCUGCCUGACUGUGAUCAGUAAUGGUCAAACUCAAGGGCCAAAGGAAUAGAAACAGAAAUGUGAAAAACCGUCUGAAUCAGAUUCUGAUGGGAGAAUAUCAGGGCCACAUCCAGUUUCAUGGUACAAUGGUAAACUGUUUUCCCCUUUAUCAUAAUACAACGCCCUCCUUUGCCACUCUGCAUGCCAUCAUAGAGUAUUUUUGGUUUUUUUUUUUUUGUUUUUUUGUUUGUUUUCUCUAGAGGCUCAACAUAUCUAUAUGAAUAGCAGUCACACCAUCUUUUUUGAUUCUAUAUAGUUUCUUAUUAUGGCAACAAAAUUGUAUUAUGGAUAUUUCAAUGUAUUUGAAAGUUUCAUUAGAUUCUCAUCAACCUUAUAUAUUUUAGUCUUGCUUACUGUGUAAAUUUUAUAAACUGUUUCAUUUUUUUAUGCAAUUGUCCUGUUGCUGCAUCAUUUUCUUAAGAAAUAAAUAACUGGCAUUCUUUCCU